GGAGGAAAUAUAGAAACUUCGAAUUCAGUUGUCAAGACGACAGAAUAUCGGGAACGGGCUUUUGUGUUUGUACGUUUCAAGUUUCAUCGUUCCCCCGGUUCAGCUGCUACUGUCAGCUGUUCGAUAUAUGAAAUAAUGGUAGUAUACAGUCCAGAGGACUCUCAGUAUGGUAUAGAGCAGCAUAUAGUAAGUAUCAGUACCUAACUUGUGGGCAUCGUUCGACAUCUGUUCCCAAAUAUUGUAUAAGCGUGCGCGUGCGUAUAUUUGUAUUUGCGUACGUGCAAGAACGAACUGAGUGACAAAGGAAGGCAAUAAAAGCAAAGUAAAAAAAACAGAUAUACACCGAAGGGAAUCCAGAGGAAAGUGUAGAAAGUGUUCGUACGCGCACCAACCGUGCGAUUUAUGCAAAAUCUUGCGCGUAACGUGGAUGUAUUGACGCAAGGAUUCAAAUACAGUAUAUCAGGACUAAUGAACCUCGCAAAUCAAACUACUGAUCCUCAAAGUGGUGUUUUCUUUGUUAACUUCAAUCAGGAUUGCACAUCUUUGGCUGUAGGAUCAAAAGCAGGCUAUAAACUUUUUUCUUUGAAUUCUGUCGACCAUCUGGAAAAGAUAUAUGAAAAUGAUACAGAGGACAUAUGUAUUAUUGAACGGCUAUUUAGCAGUAGUCUUGUGGCAAUGGUUAGUUUGUCAUCACCUCGCAAACUCAAAGUUUGCCACUUUAGAAAAGGAACUGAAAUUUGCUACUAUAGUUACUCAAAUACCAUUUUGGCUGUGAAACUCAAUAGACUAAGAUUAGUAGUAUGUCUGGAAGAGUCAUUAUAUAUUCAUAAUAUAAGGGAUAUGAAGGUGCUUCAUACAAUCCGAGAUACCCCACCUAAUUUAGCAGGUCUGUGUACACUAUCAAUAAAUAGUGAUAAUUGUUAUUUAGCCUAUCCAGGCUCAAACACAAUUGGAGAGGUUCAAAUAUUUGACGCAAUUAAUCUACAAGCUAAAACUAUGAUUCCUGCACAUGACAGUCCAUUGGCAGCACUCGCGUUCUGUCCUAAUGGUACCAAAGUAGCUACAGCGUCUGAAAAGGGUACUGUGAUUAGGGUUUUCCAUGUUCACGAUGGCACAAAACUCUUUGAAUUUCGUCGUGGGGUUAAAAGAUGCGUGUCUAUAAGCAGUCUUGCUUUUAGCAUGGAUUCUAUGUUUCUUUGUUGCUCGAGUAACACGGAAACGGUGCACAUUUUCAAGUUGGAAGUACCAAAGGAAGCAUUAAGACAGACUACAGAAGAGUCGCAAACUUGGAUGGGGUAUCUAACAAAAGCUGUAUCAGCAUCAGCUAAUUAUUUACCUUCGCAAGUCACGGAUGUUUUUAAUCAAGGUCGUGCCUUUGCAAGUGUUCAUUUGCCAUUUCAAGGGUUGAAGAAUGUAUGUGCCAUCACGGAAGUACACGAAGUACUUAGGUUGUUGGUGGCUAGCGCAGAUGGAUAUUUGUAUGUUUAUAAUUUGGAUACAACAGAAGGUGGAGAUUGUACACUUCUGAAACAACAUAGAUUAGAUGGCAAACGUGAUGAAGUAGAUUGUGCUAGCGUGUCUACAGCAGGAUCAGGAUCGGGAGAAACUCCUGCGGCAACUACUGCACGAAUAGUACAAAAUGCAGCCUGCGUAAAUAGCGACACGGAUGUGUUACGCGGACGUUCGUCAGACUCCAAAUCAGCCUGCAUAAAUAGCUACGCGGAUGUGUUACGCGGACGUUCGUCAGACUCCAAGUCAGAUUCAGAGAAGUAUCACGAGAUGAUUGUAGCGACCGAGAGUCCGUCAAGAUAUUCCGGUCCGUUUCGUUUGAAAGAUGAUGCGGAAUUUCCACCUGUUACGCAAAGGACGGAUUGAAUGUAAUUAUUCCAGCAUGUCGAGAAUGAAACGAGGGGUCGUCGGGACUCGAGGAGGAGGAGGAGGAGGAGGAAAAAAAGGACCCUGUGCACACCUGGUAAACGUUCUCGUGGCCGAGAUUCGCUCGUAAUUACAUACAGCGAGAGAGGAGCGGAGAGAUUCUAGUGCUCGCCGCGAAUCUUUGUAACAAGGUAGAAGAAAGUUUAACGCAAGCGUAGAAAUUAAUCGAUGUCGUGCAAUUAAUCCCGCGAAUUAACGUAUAGAAAAGCUCUCGACGAACCGGCGGCGAGGUGAAAUUUCGAAUUGUGCUGUUUCUCGCCGUCGACGUGUACCGGAAGGACGAUCCGGGCUCUAACCGAUCUAACAUUCUCAAACGUUCGUUAUAUCGUCUGUCGAAUGUAACGUGUACAUUCGCGAGUAAAUCAAAGCUGCUGUAAACUGCUAAUAACAUUGGAUAUAUAUAUAUAUAUAUAUAUAUAUAUAUAUAUAUAUAUAUAUAUAUAUAAAUAAUACGAGCCGUUUAUUUCGAAGGUGGCUUAAGUCAUUUUUCAAGGAAAUCGAGUUCAUCCUUACGAUAGGUAUAAUUCUGCAUAAUCUUUUUGUACUUUAACCCUUUGCACUCGAAAGUUCACUAGAAAUAUUCAACAUUCUCCUAUAAAAUACAGAUGUUUUUUAAAACUAAUUAUUAAGAAAACAUAUGUAAAUUAAGAAGGAAAGUUAUUUUAUUUGAAUAUUCUAUAUAUUGAUGCAUUAUACAAAGCUUAUAAUUUUGCAAAUCAAAUCAAGUGACUGAGGGUCACUUCUCGAGUGCAAAGGGUUAAUAGUUGAAUCUUUUUUAACUGGACUUGAGUUACUUUCAAAAUAAACUGUUCAUAUAUAUAAUAACGAUUACAUUAUAUUAUAUAUAUAUAUAUAAUAUAAUUAUAAUAUAAUUAUAUAUAUAUAUAUAUAUAUAUGCGUGUGCGGUGCGCGCGCGCGCGCGCGCGCGUGUGUGUGUGUGUGUGUAUAACAUGAAUGCUUAACAAUAAGACGUUACGUGUCAAUACUUUGAUUCGUUUUUACCGUACGCUAAUAGAACUAACGAUUAACACGACGCAUCGAACGUUGAACGAGAAAGGAAUAAAAGAGACAAAGCAAUCGUAAGAUGCAUAGUUUUCCCUUGCUGUGUUUCCGGUUUCUUCUUUUUCUUGUGCUCUGAGAGUAACGUUUGUAUUGUAUAAUUGAAUCGCUCGGAAGCCAAUGCGGCGAAGUCCGGAGAGAAAUCUUUAGUAACUGAAAAUAGUAUUAUUUAUUCCAUUGGAAUCGACAGGAAUCGGGAAGCUAUCGAGGAAUCGACUGAACCGCAUUAGCUUCUGAGCGUUGUUAACCCAUUGCAGUCGAAAGUUUCCCACUAGACGUGUUCAACGUUCUCACAUGAGAUACAGAUGACAUUCUUUGAAACUAAGUAACGAGAAACACAAGCAUAAAUUAACGAGAAAGCUAUUUUCCUUCGAUAUUUUGCAAUAUCGAUGCAUCACGCGAAAUCUGUCAUACGUAAAGUUUCCUUAUAAAUUAAGUGGCGAGGGUCAUCUCUCGAGUGCAAAGGGUUAUCGUGUUUCGAGAGUCGACUAACAUUCUCCGAGUGUUCGUAACGAAAACGACAAAGGGCAGACAGAGAAGAGGACGAGGAAGGGGAAGAAGAAAAAGGGAGAGCGUUCUUUGAACUCGAUAGCUGAGGUUGCGAGCUUAGAACCGACUGUUUCUUCUUCGCGAGAAGGGACCGAGUACCGUCCGUUGCAGUUAACUUGGCACUCUCGUCCGAUUGGUCAGAUCCAAAAGCGCACGCCUCACCCGCACAGUUCGCUAUCCGAUUCGCUGAGGCGCGGCGCGGAGGCGUCGAGGAACUCGCGAUUGGAUGCCUCGGAGCCGCAGAGAGGGGAUGGGCGGACCGAUCGAGCGACUGGCUCCGCCCCUAUCGUGCCACGAGUGUCAGGUUCGCAGCAACAGACGGUACACGUAGAACAGAAUGAACACACGAAUGAACCAAUUUGUACACGUGAGCACGGUUCAGCGAAACGGAGAAAAUGGAAAAUAUAUCUGGUAUUACAUAUCGAUAUUUUAUAAGAUGCAAUAACUAUGUCGAUUAAACGAUAUGCCGCAGGAAAUCGUAUCCCUGUUUCUGUUGGUAAUCAUUUUUAUUCGUGAUAUAUAUAUAUUAAUAUAUAUCAUAUA